AUGCAUCGCUUUAUCAACUCUUCUUCAUCACCCGGCUCUCCUCGACCAAGGGAGAAACAACUCCUCAAUGAGAAUCAAGAAAUGAGAAAGCGCGUCAACGAGCUCGAUCAUCUUGUCCAAGAACAGGAGCGUGAACACAAGACGAUCGCUAGCAAGCGUGCCGAGCUGGAGCACGAGAUCAAACUGGUGAAGGCGAAGGCCAAAGAGCUGCAACAAGAAGUGAACUACAAAACUGGCCUUGUGAGCGAUCUCGAAAAGGAGCUUGCCGAGCUGAGGAAGAACUGCGCUAGUCAAGAGGCGGACAUUUCGUUAAUGAAGAUCGAUUUUGGCAAGACGCUUCGAGCACUUGAAGAAGCUGACGCGACCCGACGGGGACUUGAUGAAGCGAAAGAGCACGCCAUUGCACAGGUGAAGUCCUUCAAAGAAAAGCUGGACGACGCUAAUGCGGAAAUCGAUGAACUUACUGCGAAGGCCCGAACUUUUGAGCGAGCCGCUGAAGAUUACAGGAGACACUUCGAGGAAAAGGAUAGGGAGCUCAACGAAAUCGUUUCCGACUAUUCGAAUCACCGGCGUGCUAAACAAGCCGACAUUGAAGCAAAAGAAACGCAGCACUUGGAAGAAAUCCGACAAUGCGAAGAAGAAAUUCGGACGUUGAAAGAGAAACUACAAGUCGCCGAAGAAUCACAACUGGAGCAACUUCGAUCGUCUGAAAAUGAGAAGAAGAAGGAACGAGCCAUUCGCGAUGGUCUUCAAGAGCAAAUCAAGAACCUCGAGUCGUACAAUAUGCAAUUCAAAACGAUGAUGAAUGCUGCCAAAGACGAGGAGACAUCUGAAAUUUCUAGACUUACCGCUGAAAAUGCUUCUUUGAGGCGACAAGUAACGGAAAUGCAGGAAAGGGAGCAUGUUUUGCAGACUCAAUUGUUCGAUCAUCAAGGCGUCAUAAAUGAGAUGAACAAGAAAAACAUGAAGCUUGAGGAGAUGUGCCAGAAGCUGGAGAAAGUUAACUCGCAACUGGAAAUGACCGUGCAGCAAGUUAUGGCAAGGGAGAAGACAGCUGAAGGAACUCGCUCGGAAGAAUUCAACGAGCUCAAGACAAUUUUCGGAAAGUUAGAAGAAGAGAAAAUUCAACUGAAAGAAAAACUUGUUGCCGAAGAGAAGAAGUCGUAUGAUGCUUUCCUGGAAUUAAGCAACGCAAACAACGAAAUUGAAACGCUGAAAGAAGAAAAUACUCGUUUCAGCUCCCGAAACAAGCAACUCGAAGUGCAACUCCAUGACACCAAAGAAGACUAUGAGCGCAAAUUGCGUGACUCGCUCUUUUCUCGUGACGCCUACGUCCAAAACCUCAAAGAAGCGCAUGAAAAGGAAACACAACUACUGAAAGAAAACGUAACGAGAAAAGUGAUUCCAUCUUCUGAACUUCAAGGCCAGGGCAGUGCGAAGGCUAUCGAGAAUGAGCUGGAGCCUCGUUCCAAACAGACGUUGUCGACUCGAAAUCGUUCAUCCAUUGGCCCCAUGCCCCUCGCUCGAGGAUAUGGACAACAAGAAGACAAAUAUGACAAAUACGGACGACUACGCGAAUUGCACGAACGAAACGUUUUGGCUCGACCCCAUCUCCAAGAGUCUUAUUUCAUCGAAGCACAAUCGCCCACUUCUGACGCAAUUAUCAACGGACAGAUUCCGAAAUUGGUCGAGCAAAUGCGGACCCCGGCAAAAUAUAACGUGAUCAUCGUGGAAAGGCAAAGGAAAUACUCCAAACCAGAGGGAUCACAUCUAUGCCAUCUUCUUCAAUCCGUCCAUCGAGCAGAGGCAGAUUCCGUUUGUAAACUCUUUGAAGAAGUCUUCAAAAUGGCUCUUCAAGCUAGUCACACCGGGCAACAGUUGAAGAAACAAAAAAUCGAUUACUUUAUGAGCUGGCAAAAGAUGGAACGGGCUUUUGUCUGUGUCCGAGCGCGUGAUGGUAACGAUCGGGUGGUGGAAGCGAGCGGCUCGACGGUCAAAUUGGAGAAAACCGACUACAAGGUGGAUAGAGCCUUUGACUGGACGGCCUCACAGACAGAUGUCUAUGCAGCUUUGGGAAAGAAAGUUGUCGAUGGAAUCACGAUUGGACUCAACGGAACAAUAUUUGCAUACGGGCAAACUGGAAGUGGUAAAACGUACACGAUGGUGGGCCCUUCACAAAUUGAUGACUUCUCUACUAUUCCGGUCAACGAUCAAGGCAUAAUUCCAAGAUGCAUCGACGAUCUCUUCAGUUUCCUCAAAGCUAAAACCGACCAGCUGACCAAAGAGAAAUUCCAAAGUGAAAUGCACAUUUGUUAUGUGCAACUGUAUCAAGAGGAAUGGUAUGACUUGCUGGAUGACAACGUAAAGCUUCAAUUUCGUACAUUGACGGGUUUGAAUGCCAAGCGGUUUAAGGUUACUUCCACAGCGGAAGCUCUGGAGCUUCUUUCCAAAGGAUGGAAUGCAAGAAAGACAGUGGAAACGAAGUUGAACAGUGCAUCGAGUCAAUCCCACUGCGUGUUCGUGAUUGAGGUUGAUAUGAAAAUUACGGGCAACACAGUGAUGGCUUUGAACAGCAAAGUGAACAGCCUGAAUCAGCAAUUCCAAGAUGCACAAUUAGAAUACAAAGCAAUGCUGCAAAAUCUUCAAGAAGAAAACGAAGAGUUAAAACUUUUGACGCUGAAACAAAGCGCCGAAAUCGACGCGUUAAAAACAAAAAUUUGUUUUGAGGAUGAGCGAACUGCUUUGCAAACUCCACAAACAUAUACCAAACGCCGCCGUACUAUAUAUCUGCCAUCGGAAGAAGUUCGCCGAUCCGUACAAAGGGCCCGAACACUCAACUUUAACGACGAAGAGGAAGUAGCAGCUGAUGUGCACAUUGCUGAAAAAAAUAUUGUCUCAUUUUCCCAGGAAGAAAACAAAGAGAAUAAUCUAGAAAUGGAGCUGACUUUGCAUAGACAACUUAUUGAGGAGAAAAACCAGGAAAUCCUCGCCCUAAAGAAUCAAGCAAAUGCGGUUCAAGCAGAAGCACAAAUGCAGGCGGAAAGUUUGACGAAGCAAUUGGAGGAAGAACGUAAAAUGGCAAGCAGGCUAGAGAGAAACAACCUGGAGAUCACCAAACAGAUUGCAAAUUUGGUCGAGGAGGUGAAGUCCUUCAAAGAAAAGCUGGACGACGCCAAUGCGGAAAUCGAUGAACUUACUGCGAAGGCCCGAACUUUUGAGCGAUCCGCUGAAGAUUACAGGAGACACUUCGAGGAAAAGGAUAGGGAGCUCAACGAAAUCGUUUCCGACUAUUCGAAUCACCGGCGUGCUAAACAAGCCGACAUUGAAGCAAAAGAAACGCAGCACUUGGAAGAAAUCCGACAAUGCGAAGAAGAAAUUCGGACGUUGAAAGAGAAACUACAAGUCGCCGAAGAAUCACAACUGGAGCAACUUCGAUCGUCUGAAAAUGAGAAGAAGAAGGAACGAGCCAUUCGCGAUGGUCUUCAAGAGCAAAUCAAGAACCUCGAGUCGUACAAUAUGCAAUUCAAAACGAUGAUGAAUGCUGCCAAAGACGAGGAGACAUCUGAAAUUUCUAGACUUACCGCUGAAAAUGCUUCUUUGAGGCGACAAGUAACGGAAAUGCAGGAAAGGGAGCAUGUUUUGCAGACUCAAUUUUUCGAUCGUCAAGGCGUCAUAAAUGAGAUGAACAAGAAAAACAUGAAGCUUGAGGAGAUGUUCCAGAAGCUGGAGAAAGUUAACGCGCAGCUGGAAAUGACCUUGCAGCAAGUUAUGGCAAGGGAGAAGACCGCUGAAGGAACGCGUUCGGAAGAAUUCAACGAGCUCAAGGCAAUUUUCGGCAAGUUAGAAGAAGAGAAAAUUCAACUGAAAGAAAAACUUGUUGCCGAAGAGAAGAAGUCGUACGAAGCUUUCCUGGAAUUAAGCAACGCAAACAACGAAAUUGAAACGCUGAAAGAAGAAAAUACUCGGUUCAGCUCCCGAAACAAGCAACUCGAAGUGCAACUCCAUGACACCAAAGAAGACUAUGAGCGCAAAUUGCGUGACGCCUACGUCCAAAACCUCAAAGAAGCGCAUGAAAAGGAAGCACGACUACUGAAAGGAAACGCAACGAGAAAAGUGAUUCCAUCUUCUAAACUUCAAGGCCAGGGUGGUGCGAAGGCUAUCAAGAAGGAGCUGGACCCUCGUUCCAAACAGACGUUUUCGACUCGAAAUCGUUCAUCCAUUGGCCCCAUGCCCCUCGUUCGAAGAUAUGGACAACAAGAAGACAAAUAUGACAAAUACGGACGACUACGCGAAUUGCACGAACGAAACGCUUUGGCUCGACCCCACCUCCAAGAGUCUUAUUUCAUCGAAUCACAAUCGCCGACCUCUGACGCAAUUAUCAACGGACAGAUUCCAAGAUUGGUCGAACAAAUAGGGACGCAAAUUACUGAACAUGGAGCCACACAAAGAAUGCUUGGGGGCGACAUAUUGAGCUCAGAUGCGGAUCUGAUUCAUCAAACCACCCCGUCAAAUUUCACCGAAGCAGAGAAGAAUGUCGAGACGCGAAGGCUCCAAUUGAUUCACGAGUUGCUCGCUGAAAGAGGAGCAUUGACAAUCGAUGAGAUCUAUCAUUACUUGGCUGGGAGAGAUACGCUGAUGGCCAUAAAUCUCCCGUUUUCCAAUGCUUCCGAAUUAAACAAUUUUGUCAAGAACCGAGCGUUUGUCUUCGGAUACGAUAUCUUCACCGAAAAGGCGUGGAAUCGAACAUUUGAAUAUCGCACCAUUUUUGUCCAAGUGAUGCGUUAUGUGUUCUUUCGGAAUAAAAAUCGAUGCCCACGGUCACAACUUAUGGAUUUCCUUAAACCUGAGCUGAGAACUGGAAAUGGACUUGGAAUGAAAUUUCGAAGGGAUUACCCAAAGCAGUUUCAACGAUUCCUUAAGCAACACAAUUUGACUCUUGAAGAUAAAGAUGAAGAGAUUCGAAUCAGAAAGAGCGCAAUUUCAUCAAUUCCAAGUCUUUUCCUUACGGAUUGCCUUCCACGGAUUGAAACAACGCAAGAAUUAUCUGGCAAACAGCGAGAAACGUUUUGGGAUAGGUCGAACACUUUUGCCUGUUUGGGUUAUGUUGUUAGCAGCACUCCAAAUUACGCAAAAGCUCAAAUCAUGUGCGGUCCGAACGAAGGAAAAUCAGUGUACGUGUUGUGCAUGAAUGUAAAUCUUGGUGAUAUCAGUAUGACCGAAGAAUUUCCAGUUGGACAAAAAGUGGAGCUUUUCGCUCAUUACUCCUACAAUGCAAAGUGCGAUUACACAGCAACGGCCAUCCGCAAAAUCAAUCCGAUCAAGUUUCCGUGGAAAAUUCGUGCCGGGAAAAUUGGUAUGUCAAAGAAAAAUAUCCUUCCACCAACAAAAGCUGGAGUUUCGCAAGAGAAAAGCCGCGAAAUCGAACACGAGAUCACCAACCUCAUCGACAGGGAAACGAGCCGUCUUCUUUUGAUUCGAGGCCUAUUGAGGAAUACUCAAGGAGUUUCAUUGGAAAUACUUAGCAUGGAGCUUGCCAAAACUGGCCCGGAUGCGAUUUUUUCUACAACUGAGGAUUUGAUUGAUUUCAUCGACGAACGCCCAUUCAUUUUCAGAAAGCAAGCGGAUCCAGACGGUAACAUCUUAAUUAUUGAAAGGAGCAAAAUGGAGGAACAAGUGCUUUUGGAUGUUUUGAAAUUGAUUUCAGUUCAUAAGCCCUUUGGAAUCAAGCGUGUCGAGCUUUACAAGCAUCUCAAAGCUGGCAAAUGUGGAGGACCGUUGCAAGAGGAGUUGAUUAAAGGCGAGUAUGUCUUCGACCAAUUGAUGCGCGAAUUGAUGCCUCUCCUCAAAUCCGAUGCAUAUGGUGGAAAUGAGAGGGUUUAUUCGCUGAUCGGAACUUUCUACAAAGAUCACUUCUUCCCGUAUUCGAUUAUCUCGUUUGGGCGUUUCUCCAAUCUUGAGGGAUUUGGACAACGCUGCUUUGUUUCAGCAGAGAUUACCCUGGGUGAAGCCGAGGAUUACCGAGGAGUGGCAAAUUGUGUGAUCAAGGCACCCGGAGAGGAUGCCGUCCAUCCAAUUGAAAGGGGGGUUGGAUCACAUUAUAUGAACUCGGGACCAUUGAUUGACACGGCGGACGCCGGAACACAUCAUGAAAAGCUCGAUCUACAGAGUUCGGUGAAGCUUCAAACAAAUGGAGUGGUUGUACCGGUGAAUGCACCCGAAGAUGCGCCUUUGAUCGAUUUCAGCGACGAUGCCGACAGUGCUGUCUCUGGCGAACAUUUUGAAGCUGCUGUCGCUCCUUCCGAUCCUCUAACAGUGAUGGAGAAUUUUGUUAAAUACGAAGAACUCCUCGAACCACGAGAUUACCUCACAAAUUUCUACAAGAUUCGAUUGGAACAAGAAGAACUACGACGAAUUCCCGAAUAUUCGUCCGUGAUAGCUACCUCUCCCAUGCACUUUCAAAGAAAUCGCUAUCGAGACAUUCUGCCAUAUGAUUCGAAUCGUGUCGUGUUGAGGAGUGUCGAUCAAACAGAAAACCCUGAAGGAUAUAUUAACGCUUCCAAUAUUGAUUUGGGUGGCACAAAAUUUAUUGCUGCUCAAGCGCCUCUUUCGACGACUCUUGGUGAUUGGUGGGCGAUGAUUGAGGAAUAUGAUGUUUCUCUUGUCGUCAUGUUGUGCAAGUUGAUUGAGAUGAGUAAGGUAAAAUGUGAGCGUUACUGGCCUGAAAAACCAGGAGAAUCGCAAAUCUAUGGUGACAACUACGAAGUGACGGUGGAAUCAGAAGAACGAUUUGAAGAUGAUGACGAGUAUGUUUUGCGAACGCUGCGUUUGGAAAAUAUUACGACAAAAGCAUCAAGGACAAUUCAUCAGCUUCAUUACUCAGAAUGGCCAGAUCAUGGUUGUCCAACUGGUGAACAUCAAUUAUUGAGAAUGAUUGAAAAAAUGGCGGAGAUCCAAGGCGCAAAGCCAACGCCAAUUCUUGUUCAUUGCAGUGCUGGAGUCGGGCGAACGGGUACGAUUAUUUCAGUAAAUCAUAUUCGGGAGCUGAUCAAGGAUAAUAAACUAUCCGAAUUGGAUCUAUUUAAUCUCGUUAUGCAUUUACGUACACAAAGGUCAUCGAUGGUUCAAACACAGGAUCAAUACCAGUUUGUUCAUAAAUGUGUCGCGCACUAUUGCAAAGAAAAGCUCGGUCUCCCAUGCCCUGAGGCUGCCAAGUUGAAAAAUGGUAUUGUCGAACCAGAAGUGCCAAGACCAAUGGAGAAUACUCAAGAUGAUGGUAACUGCGAUGAUCAAAAAGAAACGUCUAUUCCUGAAUAUCCAAUUGAACCUCCCGGACCGCUAGGACCCGAAGAUUCCCCCAGC